CACACACACACACACACAAUAGGAAAGGGAAUGAAAGACAUGUAUAAAUGAAUAAGGUUUGAAACAGUAAUUCAUCUUUUACAAUUUUACUGCACAAAAACAGGCACUAAGAGGCAAAAGCAUAUCUAAAAUAUUCCCCACUUCUCUGUAUUUAAAGGCUCCCCUUCUUUUUUGUCUAUGAGCUACUCUUCCACUUUUUCUGUCUGGGUUCCUUUUCCAUAUCACACUUUACCUUAUCAAUUCUCCAUUAGUGUUUUAAAGUGUGCACAUCAUCUGUUUCAAUUGUCUUUAAAAAGGUCAACUCAUGGCAAUUAAAACCUCUCCCUCCUCCACCUCCUGUUUUAUCUUCAACCUCUUUCAUUCCCAUCACUGUUAUUCUUCUCUCUUGUGCUCUCCAUUUUAGUCCCACCUCCCAGAGAGACAAGGAGACAGAGAGAGAGCCCACAGUCACCAUCUCCUCUCCUCCUCUUCUUGCACUCCCUCUCUCAGCUCCCAUCUCUUCCAGCACACGCUCACACUCCUUCCCUCUGAUGCCGACUGGAUGCAGACCGGGGGAUUUCCAGCAGCUUCCUGAGUCUGUCCUCCCUCUCCUCCCUCCUCCUCCUGCUUUAACAUCCGGAGCUUCUCCUUUUUUCUUCCUCCUCUUUUCUCCUGCUCCUUACCACCAGGAUGUGGCACUCGUUGGCUCUGCUCCUCUCUGGAUUCUCUGCUUUGAUCCACGUGUCGAUGCAGGGUCCUCACCAGAGGACCCUGCUGAAGAACCUCCUGAAGGACUACAACCGGAUGGAGCGGCCGGUGGGCAACGACUCCCACCCUCUCACCGUUGUCUUCUCCCUCAGUUUGAUACAGAUCAUGGAUGUGGAUGAGAAGAACCAGGUGCUCACCUCUAACAUUUGGCUACGGAUGAGUUGGUUCGACCACUAUCUCCAAUGGAACCAGAGCGAACAUCCCGGAGUGAAAAACCUCCGCUUCACCACAGAUCAGGUCUGGACACCAGACAUCCUGCUCUACAACAGUGCAGAUGACGACUUUGACUCUACCUUUAAGACCAAUGUUCUGGUGAACUCCAGUGGCUAUGCUGAGUAUCUGCCUCCAGGAAUCUUUAUGAGCACAUGCAACGUGGAUGUUCGCUGGUUCCCUUUUGACAUCCAGAAGUGUGAGCUGAAAUUCGGCUCUUGGACGUAUGAUGGCUGGCUGCUGGACCUCCAGAUGAACGAUGCUGACACCUCAGCAUACAUGCCCAAUGGAGAGUGGGACUUAGUUGGAGUUCCCGGCAGCAGAAACGAGGCCUUCUACGACUGUUGUAAGGAGCCUUACCCAGAUGUGACAUUUGUUGUGACAAUACGGCGGCGGACGCUCUACUAUGCACUGAACCUGCUUAUCCCCUGCGUGUUGCUGUCUUCGAUGACCCUGCUCAUCUUUGUGCUACCAGCUGACUCUGGGGAGAAGAUCUCACUGGGUAUCACCGUCUUGCUGUCUCUAACUGUUUUCAUGUUGCUGGUCGCAGAGAUCAUGCCAGCCACAUCGGACUCUGUCCCUCUUAUAGGCCAGUACUUUGCCAGCAUAAUGAUCAUCGUUGGGAUGUCAGUCAUCGCCACAGUGGUGGUUCUGCAGUAUCAUCACCAUGAUCCAAAUGGAGGAAACAUGCCAAAAUGGGUGCAGCUCGUCUUGCUGCAGUGGGUAGCGUGGUUCUUGCGUAUGAAGCGGCCAGGAGAGAAUGACGACCCGGAGCGGCCCCCUUGUGCCCCCCACUUGCGGCGCUGCUCCUCGGGCUCCCAUAGCGGGAGCAUCCCAAACCCUCCGGACCCCACCCUCCAUCCGUUGCACCCACAGAACCUGGCUCCUCUCCAAACAGGGCCCCUCCAUGCAGGGCAUCCUCACCUCCACGCCCAGUCCAGCGCUAACAACAAUGGGAACCUUCUUUACAUGGGCUACCAGAGCAUGGAGGACCCUUCAAUGCUCUCAGAGCCUCUCCAGAGGAAUAACAUCUCCACAGGGCCUCCACGGGUAGCAGGAAGCCCACCUCCGCACCUCCCAUCUCAGUUCUGCAGCUCCCCACCACCUCCUACCCCCAAUAUGGAUACUGUAGGCUGCCCCAGCACUGUCUCCAGUGGUGGGGGCUUUGGAGGUGGACCCGGAGGGCUUGGAGGGUGCUCAACUGCGGGGAUAGGAGACCCCCAGCUUCAGGCCAUCUUGGAGGAGGUGCGUUACAUGGCAGACCGUUUCCGGGAGCAGGACGAGGCCGAGAGUAUGGCCGACCAGUGGAAAUUUGCGGGUGCUGUAAUUGAUCGUCUGUGUCUAGUGGCUUUCAGCGUUUUCAACAUCAUAUGCACCAUUUCUAUCCUGAUGUCUGCCCCCAACUUUGUGGAGGCUGUUUCAAAGGACUUCGUUUAAAAGCAAAGAGGCAAAAAGAGGAGGAGAAAAGUGAAGGAGAGGAUGAGGGGAAUUAAAUAUAGGAUGAAGGAUGGAGUAGGACUGGAUCCAAGGAAACACAAUUUCCAGCAGACUGUAGGCUCUGUGAUUCGUGAUUGCAAGGAACUUGGAAAUAGAAACAAAAACAUAAAUGGUUUUCUUUGCAAUACAUUUUGUUUUGUGACUGAAAUAUAAGAAGAAAACAGAUGAGGAAGGGAGCGCAGAGUGAAUUUAAAAUGAGAUUAGGGCGAGCAGGGUGCUUUAUCAGAUUCUUAACAAGGUGAAAUGGAUUCUUGUGGUUAAUUCAAAGACUUUCCUCCCAAAAUUAGGGGAAAGAGUCAAAAAGAGAAAAAGAAAGAGAUUUUAAGUCUAAUGCAACCUCAAGUAAGAACGCUAUUAAAGCAAGGAAGAGACUGAGAUGGUAAGAUGGGAAAAGAGACAUAUAUAAGAUAGAUAGACACAGAUAGAUAAGACAGACAUUUGGCUGUUUUAUUUUCUUGAGGAGAAAAGACAGUCCUUCAUUCCCACAUGUUAAGAACGGACUGCAUCACUUAAAGUGAUGUGAGGAGAGGGCAGGGAAAGGAGAAAGAGACUUUUUAAAGACAACAAAGAGCGGCAGUGAAAGGAUGAGACUUUAUCCCUUGUGACAUUGGCAUAGUUAGACGGAGUAAGCAGCUUGAUGCUCAGAUAUACAAAAGUGGACCGCAGAUCAGGAAGUGGAGAGGAACAGAAGAGGAUCUCAUUUAUUAUUUGAUCACAUCCAUCUAAUGAGCGUCAAAUUAAAAGACCUUGGAUAAUCGUUAAGACUAAUAAGCUUUAAAAAGAUGAAGUACCCUCUGUGCUCGCAAACCACUUUAAAAUUUCAAGGUCUUAUCUCUUUGAGACGAUUGCCAAUCUGCAACAAUCAGCAGAGAUCAAAAGCUCCUCAGCAGCGGGCACAGUGUGCAGUGCUUAUCAGGACCGGGAUACUGAAUUAACCGGUCAUCAGCGACACAAUGGCCAGUAGCUGCACCACAGUGGAGGCUUGAGCCAAUAAUAACUCAUGAAGCAGUUACCUAACUGUAUCUGGCAGGUCCUAAUAGACCAAUGGAUCUUAUUGGAUUUCAUAUUAAAGGUUUAAUAACUGAAAUGGGAGGUCAGGUCUUCAAAAGAACAUGAGAGGCACAAAAAAAGGGAGAAGGGGAAAAAGAUCAUUAAAAAUCCCCAAACUUAUAUGGAGAAGCAACAUCCCAUCAAAUGUAUGUCAGAUCCCUUUAGGGGUUUAUAGCUUCAUGGGGGAUUUCACAUCUUUCUAAAAUGAAAGAUGAGAUUUUAAUAGAGCUGUAUUUUCAUGAAUUUGGGUCCAGUUGAAAAAAAGUGAUGAUUUAAAUGGUUUAAAUUCAAAGUACAGCCUUCAUCUACAGAGCAUUUGUCAAAAAUGGUAACCAAUAAACAAAAAAUUGUCUUUAAUUAGGCUAGUUGGUGGGUUUGAGGGAAUUUGACUUUAUUGUGUUUCUGCUAGCUGUAUGAAUGUGUGUUGAAUGCAAGGUUAGCCUAGCUUAGCUCAAUUCAUGGAUGUUUAAAUGGGUUCAACUGUUAAAGUUUUCCAAGGAUGGCUGUCAAGUUGUAAUAUGCAAUUAACAAUUCACAAAGAAAUUAGAUGCAUUUAGAUUACAUCAAACUUCCAAUCUACCUUUUUCUUCUUACUUUGGCUGUGGUCAAAAUCAUUUCCGUUUUUUACUGCUAUAGAGUUCCUUAAAACUAACCCACAGUAGAAUGUCUGUGGCAUGUAACUAGUGGCACUAUUACAAAGAGAAUAGUGAAAGAGUUAAUAAGUGAGUGAUUUUGGACACAGCCCAAGGUUAUGAGAAAAAGACGAGCCAUUCAAAAUGUCUAGAUCAACAGAAAUCUACCUAAAAGUGUACAAUUCCUGUACAAUUCAGCACAGGUAAUUGCUUAACUGAUUCCGCGAUACUGUCACAUUCUCUUCAAUAUUAGUUUUCAUGUGGAUACAGCUAUUGUGCACAACCACUGAUAAUAAAUGUAAAAAUGUAAGGAAAAAUAGUUUCUAAAAAAAAAAGUAAAAAGCAAAUUCUGUAUUUGUGAAAGCACUGCAUUAGGCACAUAUAGGUGCCCAGCUACAUACUGUAGACCACACACAUAACACUACUGGUAAAAACAAAUGUUUCAGCAUUAAACACUGGAUAAAGUAUGUUUUGCACUUUGCAUUUGAGUGGCAGAUACCCGUGAAUUGAGCAAAGCAAGCUGAGCUCACUAUUCGACCAUACAUUCAAACUAUAAGUCGAGACAUAAAGAAGUUAUCCCUCAGUUUGAGUGUAGUAACCAAACAACCCUUCAAAGAAUAAGAAGUUACUCUAUUUUUUUUAUAUUGUCAAUAAAUCCCAUGAAAAAAACCUAAUCCUACAAUACGUUUCUUCUGUAUCUUAAUACUUUCCCACACUAGCUAAGUUUCCAUCCACUUGUCAAUUGAAUUGUUCGAUAACAAAAACUAAUGCGAAUAAAGCUGGUGAAAGUGUGUUUCCAUCCAACGGCUUUAAAGCAAAUAAAAACCUGUGCAUAAUGACGUUGCAUGCUGUUUUGCGGUCAAAUUGGUAUAUCGAAUUGAUUUGAGACAUUUUAUGGUGUUUCCAUUCAUUUUCACACUGAAUCGCACAACAUUCAAGCAAACGUUUGCGAACAAAGUUUUGCUAGACAAACUAGAUUGCGCCAUCUACCUACAUAUGAGUAAUAAUUGCAGAAGUUGCAAUAGUGCUUAUGUGCCAGCUGAUAGCGACAUAUCAAGCUAUAAUAAGAAAACUACACUAUCAACACAUUGCUAUGACGAUGCAGAUGCACGUAAAUGCCUGACGACAACGGAGGCGGCCUGUGGUGUGGGUACGACAGCGCUCCAAACAGUUCUGGAAGAUUGGGGUUUAGAGACACUUCACGGAAACCGUUUGGUUGAAGCAUUUUCGGAUUUAACCUGUUAUUUUACUGGCCCGUCCCUUGACCCAGAUAAGCCAUUGCCCUCCGGUUCCAACCGAGCAUCGUAUCGCCAUAUAAUGUUUUAAUAUUGUGUGCACCUGCCCGGGGAUUGCAGAUGGAAACUAGCAUUAGCUAACUCUGGUACAAAACAUAUUUUUGUAAGAUUAAUGUAUUUUGUACAUUGUCCCUGACAAAUAAACUAAUUAAAUUAAAUUAAAUUAAAUUGCGCUCUACAAACUGGCUACAUGCGCAGAGUACUGAGUGGUAGGCGAAACGUUUGGGUCAUCAAGACCACCGUGUGUUUACACCGUGUGCAAUGCCAUACGAACAAGGAUGAUGCGAAGGUAGGCUAUAUACCUACCUGGAGUGGAAGGCGCAUAUGACAUCUCGCUGCGUAAUAGAGCGCACCUUGUGCCAAAGGUGUAUGGCGCAAUAGACGGGACUCAUGUCCCGAUUAUACCCCCUGCUGAAGGCUGCAGGAAUUUUGUCAAUAGAAAGGGCUGGCUAUCAUUCGUAUUCCUACAGGCUGUAGUAGACGAUCGUUCCAUGAUAAGGGACAUUUGCGUCGGCACUCCCGGCAGUGCGCAUUGGGCGUGCGGUCUUCACCACUUUUGACUCGGACAGGUGCGUCUGUUUAACCAUAAAAUUACCUAAAACUUAUUCGCAUUUCAUUAUUUAUUCGGCAAAUAACGUUUCCAUCAGCGUUUAUCGCAUAAGCCGUAUAUCGAUCAAGAGAAAAUCCGAUGAGACCGAACGGAGCCUAUAAACUUUGAGUCGAUAUCCAUGAAAAUCAAUCGAAUUUUCCAUAAGGCAAUUUUUAUUCUAUAUCACUUAAUUUGCAUAAAAACGUGUGGAUGUAAACAUAUGGCACACAGACUCAUGCCCAUUAGUUCCUAAUGAAGACUUUUUAAAAACAGUUCACAAACAUAUAAGUAAUUUUCUAAAACAUCUGCACUAUAGCUUUUAUCAAACAUUUGUCAAACAAGAGUAAAUAGUGCAUUUGUUUGGGGACUAUUUUCAGUUGCGGGAUUAAUACACAUUUGGUGCUCCAGUGAGUAUUUAUGCCAGCAGGGCGGUGUUUGUAGGAUUGAUUUUAAAUAAACACAAGUGCCAAUUUUUAUUGUGCUGAAGGAACAUUUUACCCAGUACAGAAUUGUGUCUCUUUCAUGUGUUUUUAUUUUUUUUAAACAAUGGAGGUCUAUGGCACAGAGGAAUAAGCUAUAUCAGGCUUUGGCUACACAGACAACACUUGUUUAAUGUGUUGUUGGUUUUGGUAUUUUACUGGGAUUUGAUGAUAAUAAGAAAAAAUAUAUAAUUUUGGCAGCCUGAUUCUUAUAGGAAAUCUAUCAAUGUUUGCUUUAAGAUCCAAUAGGACAACAUAUGUCUACUACAUUCCUGACCUAUACCCUUCCUGACCAGUAUCUCUAGUGGCUAUACACAUGUAUUAUCUCACUGUGAAUGGCUACAGAGUGUAGAGACAGUUGUACAAAUAAUGUAUCUCUAUACCUCUCUUCAUCUUCUGUCUCCUCUCUCUUUCUCUCUAAAGUCAAGUCUCCUAGCAGGCGGAAAGUAAACUUCCUGCCGGGAGGUUUGUAGAAGGAUGUUCUCCUUCCAGCACAUACUGACACCUGAACACUCACAUCUGUACAGAGCAUUUCUCAUCCUGAAAAUAAAGGAUUCUUUUUUCUACCA